AUGGCCACAGCAGACUACACCCCUGAUGAGCCUCUGCUCAGAGACAACAGAAGGCAAGAUCUCCAAGAGAUGCUGAGAGAAGUGGGACUGGCUGUCGAAUACUGGCUGCCCAAGCUUCAGGAACAUCUGGGUGUGACCUGUGUCCAGGCCCUACAACACGUAGAAGAAAAAGACCUCCAGAAGCUGAAAUCCCAGGCACAACAUCCAUGGGAGAAAAGGGCCCUGACAAAGCUGCUUAAACUAUCACACUCAAAUAGUAUUUCAGAGUUUCAGGAGUCUCAGGUGGAGAUAAUAAAGAAAAAGCAGAAUCGGGCAGAAAAGGCACUGCAGGAGCUGAGGGACUUGCUUUCAGAAGGAAGGCAGCGACAGGAAGAGGCAGUGAAAAGAAAAGAAGCAGAACUGAGGCAAGCAAUGGACAUCCCUGAAGAGUACUGGCCACCCCCUGAAAAGCCCCUAAGGGAAGUCAUGGAAAACAUACAGAGACAACUCAACCUUAUCAGGGGGACACUGUCCCACAGGCAAAACCUCCCAGAUAGACAUCUGGUGAAAUGGGCAUCUGGAGGUCUGGCCUUACAGGGAAUUUACAAAACCAGCCACCAAGGGGGCCUGAUAGAGAAGAGGGAGAAGCUACUCAGUGUCCCCAAGGAGUUCUCACUGUCUGGCCCUGAGCAUGGCACACGGAUGGAAACAAAGGAAUUUACAUCUUCUCAAGCAGAAUCCAUGUUCACCCAGUCUAUGGAAAAGCUGGGCUUCACUGUAACUGCCUCAGCCAAGGGUGGAGGUUGGGGAUUUAGUCUAGAAGCUGGUAUGGAUCACAGCAAACAUUUAGAAUCCAAGGAAACCCAACAAUCCCAUUCUGAGCGCUCUUAUUUCUGCUCAACCAAGUUCAGCUACAUCCCCCUGGCUUCCUGCCACUUUCCCAUUGAUCAGCUCCAGUUCUCCAAGGCUGCUCUCCAGGAACUGAAAUGCAUUGAAGAUGUUUUGGAUCAGACUGCAGGCCCAGACAGAUUCUCCUUGCUGAGGCACAGGACUGAAAACUUCUUCCACAGGUUUGGCUCUCAUGCUAACCAAGGCCCUCUGCACCUGGGAGGAAUCUACUGGUGGAAGGCCAUUUCAGAGGGUUUCCAAAGUGAGCAGCUGGAAGAAGUAAAACGGCAAUCAGCAGAGGCCCUGGAUAUUUACAUAAGGGGCAGCUACAAUGGCUUUGGAGUGCAAGCUGCCUCAGGUUUGAAUAUGUCAAACUCUCAUUCAAAAACAGCCUAUCAGAGAGAAAAUUUCCAAAAUCUCCAAGCCACUGUCCAUUUAUCUGUGGCCCAGACAGGUGGCCCACCAGAAGCAGAUGGCCUUGCCCAGUGGAACGCUGGCCUCAUUGCCAGCAAUCAAACCUGGUGUGUCAUUGACAGGGGACUUCGUCUGGUACCCAUUUGGGACAUCAUCCUGUCCAGCCACAGAAGUGAUUUUAAGGAUCCUCUUCAGGUGGCUAACUGCCUGAAAGACAACUACACUGCUCUGACUAACCUCACUGCCCAGAUCCAGGAUGGAGAGGAGUUACUGAGUGCUGGGAAGGAAGCUAGGGUUUUCCUAGAGGAUAUGAAAUCCUGGGAGGUAUCUAAUCCCGAAGAGCAGCUUAAAACACUGAUACAUUUCAUGCAAAUGUUGAGUCAAAAAACAAAAAGUUAUGACACCUGGAUUAACAUAUGCCUCACAGAUUGGGAUCUGCAGAAUUUUCUUGUAAACACUGUCAACUUUUGCAAAAUGUCUUCUAGUUAUAAAACAAACUUUAUUAAAUCUCAGUUGCUCAGCCUUCUGGAUCCUCACAUCCACAAAGUGACAAACUUUCCUCAGUCUUACUCCAUAAUGCAGUGGAUCUCCCAGCCAGAGUCAGAGCAACAGCAGGUCAACAUCUCCCAAUUUUCUGAAUUAAUUAAAAUCUUAAAAGAAACCCAAAAUGACCUCAUGGAAGUGAAGGUCAAAUCGGAUUCCCCAGAAACAGUGGAGAAAGCCCAAAGAAAGGCCACUUAUGAGGUCAGUUUGGCUCUCAGCUCCUUCUUGAAUUACCUCCAAGAAACAGAGCAGCAAGACACAGAGCUCCUGCUAAUUUCCAUUGCAGUGGGUGCAGGAUAUUGUGCAGCAAGCAAUACUUUUCAGCAUCUUCUGGGGUGUGAUGAGUUAAUCUUCCUACUGAAUGAAAUGCAAACUGCCCAAAAUAAAUACCAGGAGCUCAAACAUAUUUGCAACUACAGGGCUCAGGCAUUCCUGGUGCUCACAGGUCUGACAGCCACAGCUGGAAUCACAGCUAUUUCUCCAGAAGACAAAAUACAACGCAUGGCAUUGAUGAAACAACACCUGGGACAAUCACUGUCUAAAGAAGUUGCACAUGUUCUCACCAAAAUUGGUGCAGAUCAUAACUGGGAAAACCUAGAGAAAGACUUGAGAUUGCUCAUUGAUGGGAAUUAUGAAGCCACCGUUUCUUCUUUGCAAAUGGAUGAGGUGAAAAAGCAAUUGCAAAGUCUCUUCCACAGAAAGAAACAGCUCCAUGAACCACAUGAUAAUGAAAAUAAAUGGGAGAUAAUAAAAAAUGGGGCCUUACUAGACUUACUCCAGCGUCUAGGCCUAGAACAUUACUACCCCAAAAGGAUGUGCAAAGCUAACUUCCAUCUGAUCUAUAACACUUCUGUGUACAAUACUCAGCCCAGCUCUGAACAAGAGCUUCCCUUCUACUUCCUGCAGAAGCUACUGAUGCUGGAUUGUGGGCUGAGACACCUGGUCUUCAGAGAUGAUGAAAACACAGAACACCAUAUCUAUUCAAGUGCCUCAAAUCAGGAAAAUGAGGAUUUUGAUCCAUAUGAAGACUUUUUUGAAAAUGAUGACAGUCCCCCUAAAUCUUCAGCCACUAUGUCCAGGCCCCACAUUCACCCAAUGGAUAUUCAGAUGGCAGUUUUUCACUGUGCAGAUGAUUUUGCCAGACAAUAUAUCUUGGCUAAGCUUUCCAUUUGCCAGUUCGCCCUCCCCCUUGUGGUGCCUAAUCCCUGCACUUCUCAAAUUGAAUUCUCUCUCUGGUCUCUCAGUCAAAUUAGGAGAAGCUGGCAGCAAGCAAAGAAAUCACCAAAAGAGAAAAACAGUUACAAGGCUCAGCAAAUGUGUCGUGUCCCCACCUCAAUUGUGUCCUUCAUUAGAGUUGGAAAUGGCCUCUCUGCUUCCAAAUCUCUGAUCAUGAACUGUCUUCUUAGUAAACGUAAACAUGAUGUGUUUUUCCACCGGCACUGCAGAGGAAGCAGCAAAGACUGUCUCUUGAUGAGGGGCGUGGUGGAAGUCUGCUGGUUCUGUCCUGUGGGGGAAGAUGAAGACAGAUUUGACAACUGUGUGACCUUCACCAAUCUUCAUGGAGAUGCAAAAGAACAUGAACGGCAGCUCACCUUCCUAAAGGAGAUCUCUUCUCUCAUUGUGGUCCUCAUGUCAGCUGCUGAUGACAAUAAAGAAAAUCGAAAACUUGUUCGUGACCUUGGGCAGUCAUCAAAACCUUUGAUCUGCUUGCUUGAUGACAAAGAGAAAACCAUGGCCAAUAAUUCUGGCCAAAGAGUGAAAAUUGGCAUCAAGAAUAGAAAUGAGGCAGAAUUAACAGAGGAACUCACAGCAACAAUCAGACGUUUGCUAGGGCUCUCUGACACUGCUUUCAGCUUAGAGGACUGUUCCUGGAUUGCUCGUAAGCAAGGAUUCCUUAUUGAUGAAGACCAGAGAGAUUGCAAGGAAGCCAAAGAAAAGGCGCAGACUCUAAUGGCCCUCCUGAGUGAAAUGAAGUUGUCUCAGAUGAAGGAAAACUUACUACCCCUUCAGGGAAAACUGUGGCACCUUUGGUGUAAGAAGGACAAGGAACUCUAUCAUCUCAGAGAAAAAGGGAAUCGGAGCAUUGAACAACACAAGAGUGAGAUUGAGGCAGAAAAACAAAUAAUACGGCAUCAUCAGUUGACCAGAGCCUUUCCUCUCAAUGAUUUAAUGCGAUCUGUCCUUCAGAUUCUCCAAGAACAUUCAGAAACUCACAGCAAACUCUACUUCUUGCAGUGGCUGAGUGUGUUUUUGGACAAUCUGACAGCAGAACACUUAGAAUACCUGCAUGACAAGCAAAGAUCUUUGUGGUCACUGGUCCAGACAGAAAAGAAAAAGACACCAAAGAGCAACUCCCUGAAAAGCUGGCAAGGUGAGAUAGAAGCCAUCUCCACAGAGAUUAGCAACUGUACCUUGGGAAUUGAGCAACUUCUCAGAGAAGUUGGCCAAAUCUAUGAAGCACUUGAAGAAACUUCCUCUACAAAAGAUAUACUUUUUCUCACCCUUCCUCAAAUUGCUGCAGACCUGAUGAUAUCUGGUGUUCCCAUUGAAUUGAUGGAUGGUGAUGCUUCAUAUGUGCCUCUAAAGUGGGUAGCUGCUGUUUUUGACAAGGUCUCUGAGAAACUUGGAGACAAACGGCUAUUUGUUCUCUCUAUCCUUGGCCUGCAGAGCUCAGGGAAGUCCACCCUGCUGAAUGCCCUUUUUGGGCUACAGUUCACUGUCAGUGCAGGCAGGUGUACCCGGGGAGCCUACAUGCAGCUCCUGAAGGUGGAAGAGACAUUCGCAGAGGAACUUGGCUUUGACUUUGUGCUUGUUGUGGACACAGAAGGACUCCGGGCCCCAGAACUCAGCAAUAAAUCUCAGAAUCGGGACAAUGAGUUGGCUACCUUUGUCAUUGGACUUGGAAACUUGACUCUGAUCAAUAUUUUUGGGGAGAACCCAUCAGAGAUGCAGGAUAUCCUACAAAUAGUUGUCCAAGCUUUUCUGAGGAUGAAACAAGUGAAAAUCUCUCCAAGUUGCUUCUUUGUCCAUCAGAAUGUGGGGGAAGUUACAGCUAAAGACCAAACCAUGGAAGGACGAAGGCGGCUAGAGCAGAGACUAGAUGAAAUGGCAGCAAUAGCUGCUGAACAAGAACAGUGCUCAGACAUAACCCGUUUCAGUGAUGUCAUUAAGUUAGAUGUCAAUACUCACGUCUGCUAUUUUGCACACCUCUGGGAUGGCAAUCCCCCAAUGGCCCCUCCCAAUCCUCGCUACAGCCACAAUGUCCAGGAACUGAAAAGUAGAAUUCUUAUGACUGCCAAGCAGGAGUCCAGGGCAAGCAUCAUGAAGAUAUCAGAUGUAAAAUUCCGAGUUCAAGAUUUAUGGAGAGCCCUGGUGAGUGAGAACUUUAUUUUCAGUUUCAGGAACACUCGAGAGGUCAUGGCCAUGAGCAAACUAGAAACCAUAUAUAACUACUGGACUUGGGAGCUGAGGAGUCACAUACUAGACUUGCAGAACCAGGUGAUGAACCAGAUUCAGAAUGGAAAAAUCCAGACACUUGAAAUAAGCAUGCUAGAAGUUCCAGUUAAAGAAAAGUAUGAAGCCAUCAAGCAAGAACUUGAAAAAUAUUUUAAUGAAGACCCAGAUAGUGAAAUACUGGUUCAAUGGAAGGCAAGUUUUGAAAAUAAGCUAAUAAUCCUUAAAGAGUCACUUAUUUCAGACAGUAAAAGAAAAGCCAAUGAACUUCUUAGUUUCAAAAAAAGUCAAGAAAGGCUGGAUAAGAAAAAGACAGAUUAUGAAAAUGAAUUAUUGGAAAGGAGCCGAAAUUUGGCUCUAACUGUAAAGGGUAAAGAAUUGACUGAGGAAGAGUUAUAUAAGAAAUUUAAUCCACUUUGGGAAAAAUGGGUCUGUGAUGUGUCAUCAACUUCCCCUCACAUCAAAGAGCCUAACAUUGAUGUGGAUUCUGAAAGCAUCCUUUUGGACUAUUUCAAAAAGGAUAUCAACAGGAAGGACAUAAUGCACAGAGAUUCUAGAGAGAAGUUUCAAAUCGAUUAUGGAAACCAUAUUAAAAUGAAUAAGAAAUAUCACUUGAUCACAAUGCAGUUAGAAGUCUGUGAUAGAGAGGCCAUUAAUAUGACUACUGAAUGCAUUGUUUCAAGAUUUGAUAAAGUUAUUAACAACAUUUGGAGGCAACAGAGUGAUUACAACCCAAGUUAUUUCCAUGAAAUCCUGAAAAUAAUAGAUGAGGAAGUGAAAUCUGCAUCCACUAAGGAAAGAUACACAUUUACAAGUAAAUAUAAUGUUGACUUAUCUUUGUGUUUAUUCCAAAGAGCAUCACAGAAUUUUAAGGAAAUGCACAGGGCAUUCAAGAGAGCAAAUGAUCCUGUAAAUUAUCUGGAAAGCAAGAAAGAUGAUUUCUUCAUGAGUUUUAAGAUUUCCUGCCAAGGAGCAACGUCUAUCAAAACAUUUGUUGAUUUUCUGUGGCACAAGCUCACUCCUGCCGUGUCCUCCACCAUAUGGGAGAAAAUGGCCCCUGCAGUUGCUGGGCACAUGCGAAGUACCUGCCCUGAGUUCAAUGGAAACAGGGCUAACCUGGAAAAACACAUUCUCAUCUCUCUGGCAGAAGAAGAAAACUUUGAUAAUUACUGGCAAUACAUUCAUUAUCCAGAAUCGUUUUUUAGGAGCUACAUUCAAAACCAUAUUAAAAGGUAUUGUUCAGACAAAGGAGGUGAAAAAAUGAAGAUCUUUUUAAAAAUAAGUUUAGAAAGUAUGAAGAAUGCCAUCCUCUCUGCCAUUCAUGAAUCCACAGCAGCAGUAGCUAAAGAUAAAAGCAGCACUGCAUCUGGGUGGUUAGAUUUGUUCUGUGAACACCUGAAGAGCAGCUUAAUCUUUCCACGAAGAGACUUGGUAAGCAUUGAACACCAGGAGAUAAAAGAUGUUGAGUUUCUCAAAGAAGCCAUGAGUGCAGCUUUGGAUCCUGCAAUGAAGGGAGUGGAAGAUAUUUUGUCAAGUACACCUAUAGAAAAAAUGGUUGCUGAAAUUGAAAAAACACUCUCUGAUCAUCUUUGUGGCUGCUGGAAACAAUGUCCAUUCUGUAAAGCAAUUUGUACAAACACAAUUCCUGCACAUGAUGGAGACCAUAGUGUUCCCUUCCACCGUUCUCAGGCUGUCAGAGGAUGGCAUUUUUAUAAAACAGAUCUCUUUGCAGUUGAUUUUUGCUCUAGUAAGGUGGCAAGCGAUCAUUCAUUUAUUCUCGAAGAUGACCGGAGUUUCCCAUAUAAGAACUAUCGACAGGCAGGAGGAGAUUAUGCCACAUGGAGCAUCACCCCAGAUUCAUCUGCCCAGCUGUAUUGGAAAUGGUUUGUCUCUCACUUCAGAUCAAACCUAGAAGAAAAAUAUCAGUACAAAUUUAGAGAUAUAGGUAAAAUCCCUGAUGCAUGGGCCAAAAUCACAAAGCAGCAUGUGAUCGAUGACUUGAAACAACACUAAUACUCAGUGACCACAAAAGAGCCCCAGUAUAUCAAAAAAAGAGUCCCAGUACUGAACAAUCCUAAAGCAACACCUCCUUAGAAUGAAACCUUCAUUAUUUCCAUUUCAAAAUAAAAUAUGUAAAAGUAAAUCAACAUUUUGAGUUGAAGAUUUCCUGUAGGGCCGGCCCGUGGCUCACUCGGUAGAGUGCGGUGCUGAUAACACCAAGGCCCCGGGUUCGGAUCCCAUAUAUGGAUGGC